CCCUGCUGCAUGCCUGAAAGUUUUGGCUGGCCUCAGUGACAACAAACUAGCCAACGUUAGCCCGCUGAUCCAACACUCUUGGUGGAUUAGGAUGUUAGGACUAGCAUGGCGGCGGACGGCGUCCAGAAGUAGCCGCUCUAAGCCCGCACGCCUCUUGUCUGCAGCUCUUUCGGGAGCGGACGGUCCGCUGCUGAGCUCCGAGGCGAACAUAAGUAGUUUCAGACGAAUUGCCCUCCCACCACCAUCUAGUCACAGGUCACCGCCGCUCCUCCACCCCCAGCCGGCCUACAACCUCAGUCAGCCUGUCUUUAUGAGCAUGGCGUCGGGAGGCGAAGGGCCGCCAACAAACCUGCCUCACAAACACACCAACAGGUUGGCCAAGGAGAGGUCGCCCUACCUGCUGCAACAUGCACACAACCCUGUUGAUUGGUAUCCAUGGGGACAAGAUGCUUUUGACAAAGCAAAGAGUGAAGACAAACCCAUCUUUUUGUCAGUGGGCUACUCCACGUGCCAUUGGUGCCACGUUAUGGAGAGGGAGUCUUUCGAGGACGAGGAAAUUGGCAAAAUCCUCAGUGACAACUUUGUCUGCAUCAAGCUGGACAGAGAAGAGAGGCCCGAUGUGGACAAGGUCUACAUGACCUUUAUACAGGCGACCAGUGGCGGUGGCGGCUGGCCCAUGAGCGUGUGGUUGACUCCUGACCUCACCCCUUUCGUCGGAGGCACCUACUUCCCUCCGAGAGACCAUAGAGGACGACCUGGCUUCAAGACAGUUCUCACUAGAAUCACAGAACAGUGGCAGAAUAAUCGCCCUUCUUUGGAGUCCAGUGGGCAGAGGAUCCUGGAAGCUCUGAAGAGAGGCACCACCAUCGCUGCAAACCCAGGAGAAAGUCCUCCACUGGCCCCAGACGUCGCUAAUCGCUGCUUCCAGCAGUUAGCCCACUCCUAUGAGGAGGAGUAUGGCGGCUUCAAAAACGCACCAAAGUUCCCCACACCAGUGAAUCUGAUGUUCCUCAUGUCGUACUGGUCUGUGAAUCGCACCACCUCAGAAGGGGUGGAGGCUCUCCAGAUGGCCCUGCACACGCUCCGCAUGAUGGCGCUGGGAGGGAUCCAUGACCACGUGGCACAGGGUUUUCAUCGUUACUCUACAGAUUCCUCCUGGCACGUCCCGCACUUUGAAAAGAUGUUGUACGACCAGGCUCAGCUGGCUGUAGCCUACAUAACAGCUUCUCAGGUAUCAGGUGAGCAGUUCUUUGCAGAAGUGGCUAAGGACAUACUGGUCUACGUCUCCAGAGACCUGAGCGACAAGUCUGGGGGCUUCUACAGUGCGGAGGAUGCUGACUCUGUCCCGGCAUCGGGCGGUUCAGAAAAACGAGAGGGCGCUUUCUGUGUGUGGACGGCUUCAGAGGUCCGGGAGCUCCUGUCGGACGUGGUGGAGGGCACCACCGGCACUGCCACGCUGUCAGACAUCUUCAUGCAUCACUAUGGGGUCAAGGAUCAAGGCAACGUUGCUCCAGAACAGGACCCCCACGGGGAGCUGCAGGGUCAGAAUGUGCUGAUCGUGCGCUAUUCGCUCGAGCUAACAGCUGCUCACUUUGGCAUCAGUGUGGAGAAGACCGACGAGCUCCUCGCCUCCGCCAGAGCCAAGAUGGCAGAAGUUCGGAAGAGCCGGCCACGCCCACAUCUGGACACCAAGAUGUUGGCCUCCUGGAAUGGCCUGAUGCUGUCGGCGUAUGCUCGUGUUGGCGCUGCACUGGGGGACAAGGCCCUGGUGGGAAGAGCGGUGGAGGCGGGCAACUUCCUAAAGGAGCAUUUGUGGGAUGCCGAGCGGCAGACCAUCCUCCGAUCUUGUUACCGGGGAGACCAGAUGGAGGUGCAACAGAUAUCCCCUCCUAUCCCUGGCUUUCUGGACGACUACGCGUUCAUCAUUUGCGGCUUGCUGGACCUGUACGAGGCCACGCUGCAGGCCGAGUGGGUGCAGUGGGCUGAGGAGCUGCAGCUCAGGCAGGACGAGCUGUUCUGGGACGGUCAAGGCGGAGGAUACUUCUGCAGCAACCCCAGCGACGGCACCGUACUCCUGCAACUAAAAGAAGACCAGGACGGAGCGGAGCCCAGUGCCAACUCGGUGUCAGCGUCCAAUCUCCUGCGCCUGUCCCAGUACACCGGGAGACAGGAGUGGCUCCAGAAGUCCCAGCAGCUGCUGACUGCAUUCUCUGACCGUCUGACCACUGUUCCCAUAGCCCUGCCUGAGAUGGUCCGCGCUCUUAUGGCCCAGCACUUCACACUGAAGCAGAUCGUGAUCUGCGGCCAGAGAGACGCUCCAGACACCACAAGUCUUCUAGCAACAGUCAACUCCCUCUUCCUCCCGUAUAAGGUCCUGAUGCUCACCGAUGGAAACGCGGAGAAUUUUCUUUGCCAGCGUGUGCCCGUCCUCUCCUCCAUGUCCCAGCUGGGUGGCGUAGCCACAGCCUACGUCUGCCAGGACUUCACGUGCUCUCUGCCCGUCACCGAUCCCCAGGAACUGCGCCGACUGCUCCUGGACGGGACCUUGGAAAUGCAGCCCGAAUGAUCCACUAAGGACUGACUCAGUUUUAACACUGACGGUCGUGAUCUCCAAGAACGGCAAAGACCUCCAGCCUAGCUUAUUUUUGCUGUUUCGUUUGCUAGUAAGUCUGGCUUUGCCACAAGUCAAUGCUGAUGCUUUGAUUGCUGGUACCCUACCAUGAAGAUGUCCUCCCCUAGCUCAUUCCAGGUCUCUAUUCUUUAGUAGCAAGGCCAACUAAGUACGAUGUCGGACACGGGUUCAGUUAUAGUUUAGUAGUCAGAAACAGUAGUUCAUUGAAGCCAUAUUAAACAUCAUUUGUAUAAAUGAGGAAAAUAUAAAUGACAAAAUUUGCACUGCAGUCACCUGAAAGGUUGUAGCACUUGUACAGAAAGACCUGGUUUGGCUGUUAGACUAGAAAUAAGCUUCAGACUCUUAACAGGCCAUAACCUUUGAUGAACUAUUUUUAGCAAGGUCAAAGUGAACAAGCCUCUCCUACGUCCUCCGUCUGCCACCAGCUCUCGCUCCUCUAUCUGGCUGCUACCUCAGUUAACCGCAGAAUGAUUCUUCUCCACUGCAGCAGAUACUACUGUGAGUUUCGUCUUGAGAUUUAGACGUCAAGCAUGUAAGCGCACAACCUCGAAUAAAACAAUCAUUUUAUUA